UGUGAGUCGACUUGAGCAGAGUAAUCUCAAGCCAGUCAGAAAAACACCAACUACUCACAUACAUCCAUGUCUGUUACUGCAUUCCGCCAGGGCGGCGCCGUGAUCGUUGUGACGCGGGGGCCCGGAAACCUGAACCUGCUCUCCUACUCGAGCAACGCGAAGAUCCAGAACCAUGUGGGCGCGACCAACACAAACAACUCUGGCGUGACGCGCUUCCUGAUCUCGCACUCCUACACCUUCGAGCAGUUCGCGUUCCACUGGGACGGCCAGGGAGAAGCCGCCUGGAGCAUUGGGAACGGACUUGUGCGCCAGCCAGUUGGUAAAGGAUGGAAUGCGGCUGUGAACAUCCAAUGGAACGGACCGACGUCGGGUUCGCUGGAUGUUUCAGGCCAAGUGUCGUCUGCCGUGAAUCGUGACGGCGCGGUGACCUGCUUCAUCAUUCCGGAAUCGACCUGA